CCAACCCUAUUGGCUCAGGGCCAACCUUCGCGUUCUUUGUGUCCUCGGCUGAGUAUGGUUUCGACGCCUUCAGCUUCCCUGCACAUUCGGUAUACAGUAUAUGAAAGGCUCUGUGGACCUUUCAGAAGGUGGCUGUGGGCAUUUCACGGAGGAGGAGUGGGCUCUGCUGGAUCCGGACUUAAAAGCCCUGCACGGCGAAGUCAUGGAGGGGAACUUUGCAGUGCAGCCCUCUCUGGGUCCUGGAAUUAUGUUGGCAAUGCAUUCUCAGCCAUCCCUUCUUUCUAGUGGAGUGGAAGAAACUUCAGUACGACUGGAUCAGGCUCUGGUGACCUUUGAGGAGGUGGCUGUGCAUUUCAGUGAGGAGGAGUGGGCUCUGCUGGAUGCGGACCAAAAGGCCCUGCACAAGGAAGUCAUGGAGGAGAAUUUUUGGAAUGUUGCUUCUCUGGCAGGUGUCAGGUGCAAAAGGGAGGAGGAGGGAGAAGCCCACGAAGAAUUGUUGGGAGGUGCCAGAUAUAAAAAUAGAGAACAAAAAAUAAUGAAAACUGAAGGGAAAGAGAAGAGGAGGAAUGGACCUUCUGCUUCUCUGCAUGGUGACCUCCACGAAAUCACAAUGGAGGGGGAAAAGGAGGAAAUAGCAGAGAGGAGUCUGUGCUCUGUGUAUAAGAAAAGCUUCAGUUGUGAAUCAAGCCUUCAACCUAGGUGGAAAAUGCAUAUAGAGGGAAAAACAUAUAAAUUGUGGGAUUGUGGGAACAGCUUCUGUGACAGUGGAACUCCAAAUAUAAAUCCUAUUAUCCAAACUGGGGAGAAACCAUUAAAAUGCUUGGAGUGUGAAAAAAGCUUCAGUAUGAGUUCACACCUCAUUAUACAUCAUAGAACCCACAGUGGGGAGAAGCCUUACAAGUGCUUGGAGUGUGGAAAGAGCUUUACUCAGCGUGGAACACUUACUGUACAUCAAAGAACCCAUACUGGGGAGAAACCAUAUAAAUGCAUGGAGUGUGGCAAGAGCUUCAGUGUGAGUUCACAACUCAUUAUACAUCAAAGAACCCACACUGGAGAGAAGCCUUACGAUUGCUCAGAGUGUGGAAGGAGCUUCAGCAAGCUUGGAACACUUACUGUACAUCAAAGAACCCACAGUGGGGAGAAACCAUAUAAAUGCAUAGAGUGUGGGAAAUGCUUCAGCCAAAGAGCACUCCUUACUGUACAUCAAAGGGCUUACACUGGGGAGAAACCAUAUAAAUGCUUGGAGUGUGGAAAGAGCUUCAGCGAUAAAGGAUCUCUUACUACACAUCAAAGAACACAUACCGGGGAGAAGCCCUAUACAUGCUUGGAGUGUGGAAAGAGCUUCAGUGUGAGUUCACACCUCAAUACACAUCAAAGGAUUCACACUGGGGAGAAACCAUAUAAAUGCUUGGAGUGUGGAAAGAGCUUCAGGGUCAAGGGAAUUCUUACUAAACAUCAAAGAACCCACACAGGGGAGAAGCCCUAUACAUGCUUGGAGUGUGGAAGGAGCUUCAGCGACAAGGGAAGUCUUACUGAUCAUCAAAGAACUCACACAGGAGAGAAGCCAUACCACUGCUUGGAGUGUGGAAAGAGCUUCCGUAGGAGCUCAUGCCUCACUUUACAUCAAAGGAUUCACACUGGGGAGAGACCAUAUAAAUGCUUGGAGUGUGGAAGGAGCUUCAGGGUUAAGGGAAGUCUUACUAAACAUCAAAGAACGCACACAGGAGAGAAGCCAUAUAAAUGUUUGGAGUGUGGAAAGUGCUUCCGUCGGAGCUCACACCUCACUUCGCAUCACAAGAUUCACACUAGAGAAAAACCAUGUAACAGCUUAUAGUGUGAAAAGAGCUUCUGUCACAGGAAGUCAUUUAUCAAAUAGUCCACUCUGAUGACUGAUGUAAAUGAAUCCCAGGAAAAGAGCCACAUUAUUCUGCUCUGACAAAAACAGCAGAGAGAGCGAGAGAGAGAGAGAGAGGAGUUUCAAAAGUACAUUACAAGCCUCACUUCAUAGAAGAGUUCUCAGUUAUGUGGGGAGCAGCCAUAUCUAUCCUUGGCAUGUGGAAAGAGCUUUGGUGAGAGGCACUCCCUUACUCCUCACCAGAUAACCCUUUCCAGUGAUGAAGAUUGUAAUGGAAUUCACUUUAGAAAAGAGCUAUUUUUAAUCUGCUCACAGCUUAAAAGUUUUAUUUUAAAAAAAAUUAUACACCUUUUGAUUUUGGCAUGAGCUUUUGUUGGUUGUAUUUGACAAGAGAGGGCUCUUUCCUGUGAAUGGGAAUGUUUUCGUCUCUAUCUCCAUCUCGCUGGUGAAGCACCAUCCAGCUGCUUUCUAUUUUACAAUGGCGCAGCGCAUUAACAUUAUCCAUUGAUCAUGCAUUCUGUAAAAUUUCAUUUUGAUGAUGGUUUUUCAGGCCUCCUCCCAUAACAGAUCACACAUCUAGUCCCUUUUCUUUUAAAAUAGUCUUGGACUCCUGAAAGCUAGUUCCCCUCUCUUCAUUACAAGGUGGUUGGGUCGUACUCCCGUGUUAGUGCUUGUUUUGGCCCCAAUUUUUUUCUCUAAAUGACAGUACUCUCCACAGGCACUGUCUGGUCCUCUGGUCCAGGAAAUGUUUCAGCCUUUGGGGCUUGAGUUUAAACUAGCAUUUGGGCAAUGUGUAGAGGAAUGGCACAGAAGAAUCCUCCGGUCACUCAGACGAAAAGCACUCUGAUCCUCCGGGAGAGGUAGAAAGACGUCUGCAUUCCCAAAACAGGUGGUAGGCUGGGUGGUCCACCCCAACUUGAAGAAAAAGACCUUGGGGUUGUGAUGGAUAGGUCAGUGAAAAUGUCCACCCAGUGUGCAGCACCUGUGAAAAAGUGGAAUUCCACACUAGGGAUCACGAGGAAAGGGAUGGAAGCUCUAGCUCCCUGAAUAUAGUGGCACAGUAGUGUUGGUAUAGUGAAGAUGGAGAGAGGUUUCUACCUUCUAACACAAUAAGAUCUGAAUGUUCUAUUUGUCCUAAAAUCAAAACCAUCUGUCAAGCAUACAUCCACUAGGUGACACAAGACAACGCCCCUCCCAAUUUAUUACAUUUUUAUACUACCAUCCCACCCAGGUGGCUCUUGGUGGGUUCACAUAAAUAAAACAGAUAAAAACACAAUCAAUAGCCCAUUAAAGCAGCAAAAUAAAAUCAUUUUAGAAACCAUAAAGGCCAAGCUAAAAAGAUGUGGGGUUUUUUUUUUUGGCUCUGCAUGGCUGGCAAGAUUCUUAAACCUCGGCUACAACCAGGAGGUGCAUUUUACACCCCAGGAGCAGCUAUUGAUCCUGAGAUGCCACCAGGUGAGCUGGUGGCAGCUAGAGAGGGGCCUCUAUCAAUGACCUUAAUGUGCGGUGGGGAUCAUGCCGAAGAAGGCACUUUCCCAGGUAACUCUACCCUACGCCGUGUAGGGCUUUGAAGGUAAUUAGGAGCACUUUGUAUUUUGCCCAGAAACGUAUUGGCAGUCAGUGCUGCUGUUUUGAAAUGCACGUAAUAAGGUUCCUCUGUGAAACCCUGACCAAUCUGACUGCUGCAUUUUGAAUUAACUGAACUUUCUGAACUGUAUACAAAGGCAGCCCCAUGUGGAGUACAUUGCAGUAGUCAAGCCUUGAGGUUACUAGUAAGUGCACCACAGGUUUUGAGAUCAUUUUCAAGGAAUGGAUGCAGCUUUUGUAUUGGCCAAAGUUGAUAGAGAUCCAUUGAAGUUGAUCAAUCAAUCAGCUUCAUUACAGUCAGAGACCAGCAUAGGUAAUAAUACAGUUGAGUAUUUAUUUAUUUAUUUAGCUAAUAGAGCCAUAUUGAAAAUUUCUACAUAGAUGCAUACAACUAUCAAUGAGUAAAAAUGGCUAAAAAGUAUAAAAUAGGCAAAUAGGCUUUAAAAUAUAAUAAAGGGUAAAAGAGAUAGCUAAAAAAUAAGAACUGAUAAGUAAUAAACUGAUAAGAUAACUAAUAUAAGCAAUAUGUAAAAAUUGGUCCAUUAAAAUACAACUCUAGUAGGAUGAGUAGUAAAAUGUUUAAAGUUAACUAUCUAUGAGUUAAAUGCAUCUAAGAAAACAGACGUAUAUAAAGAGACUUAUUAGGAUAUCCAGUAGUUAAAAUCAUGGAUUCUUGGCUAGCUGUCAUAGUCCGAUGGAUCUUGCACGCUGCCGCACAGAACCUAGCAACAUUAUAUGUGAAGAUUCACUUUUCAUCUGAGAGCAGCAUCUUAGUGUAGGCUGGACUGGGGCGGCCAGGGUAGGUGAGAAGUAGAGGAAAGAUAAGCUUCUCCUGGCCAACUUUAUAAAAUGGGCAGGAAAAGAGAACGUGUUCAGUGGUUUCUACCUCCUCAGAGGCACAGGAGCAAAGUAGGGAUGUGCAAACAGGUUCGACCCUGAACCCAUUCGAGGUCAAACCGGUUUGGUUCGACCGUUCGGGGUCAAACCGAACCCCCCCAUGACAGUUGGGGGGGGGGGUCGCAUUUUUUUUUAAAAUUCAAAAUAUUGUUUUUAACCUUUCUAUCCUUCGGGGGAGCUCGUUGGGGGGGUCUGCGGAGGUUCCCCCUCCCCCGCUGGCCUUGGUAAUAAUCCGCUCCAUAUAUUGGCGCAGUGGCCAUUUUGGAAGCCGCCGUGCAUGUGCAAAUGGCUUCUCCGAGGCCUGGCAUGGCCCAGAGCCUCACAGAGGCCAUUUGUGCAUGUGCAGUGAACUUUUUUUUAAAAAAUAAUUUUUUAAAAAAUUUUUUAGAAAAUGUAUUCGCAUACCCCAACUGAACUGAGGUGGUGGGUUCUAAGGGGUGCAGAACCGAACUGGGCCGGUCAAGUUUGAGUCAGGUUCGGAUCCAUGCACAUCCCUGGAGCAAAGCCUUUCUGUUAAUGGGAUCUUCCUAUAUUUGCCUUUCAGCACAGUGGAUGGAAGAGCGUGACAGCAGGCAAGGGUGAACGCCCUUCUGUGGCUUGGAAUUUUCAGCUGAGUCAAAUAUGUCGGGGGGGAUACCGUGAACCUAGAACUGUCUGAGGCCAGGUAGCCAGGCCCCAUACUUAGGUCCACCUGUCGUUGCAUGUCCAGGAUCUUCAGUUUGAUGGCUGUUUUCGCUUUGUCACUGCCUGUAGCAAGAAGGGGAGUUGAAAUUGAUCGAAAUCCAUCAGUUUGGUGCAGAUACAUUGAAAAGUGGCUCAGUUCAAAUAUCACUCCUGAGAAGUUAAGUCUCCCAUUUGCCAACAGAGAACACAUCUAAUUUAUUUUCAGUUUGUUCUUUAAAAAUGCUUUCAAAGCUUCAGCUAUAUGCUGCAGCAGAAAUCUGUGGUGUGUUUUUUUUGGGGGGGGGGGGCGGGGGUUCGUGGUCCAGUAUUUCCUGAGUUACUAGCCUUUGAACUCCCCAUAAGAACAAAGUAAAAUCAACACAGGGCUCUGAAUGUUGAUUUUGCCGCUUGGAAGUUUUGAAGCCAGAGUUGGGAGGCGCAAAUCCUGGCAAAUGGCCCCAUAGCUUGCACACUGCUGACUGCAGUGAGCACUGCCUGGGACCCAUUUCUGGAAGCAGAGGUGGGACUAGGGCUGGGAGCCACUAUUUGCAGUAUGCUGGGGUGGAGGGAGAAGGAAGGAGGCAGGUUCACAUUAACCAGGAGGGUUGCCAGUAGCGCUGCCCCCUCAAGUGGAAAUGAAAAGUCAGCCCCCCCCCCGCCCUGGUGAUGUAAAGACCACAUUUUCUAGACCAGAGGACCACAGUAAAGACCACUCCUUCUCCUCUCUUCCCACUCUUUAUCUGUUCAAACGCUGUGGGUGGGAAGUUGGAGAGGCUAGAACAGGGAGGGGAGGGGAUACCACCGAGGGAGGAGGAGUGACAGGCAGCAGGGCUGGCAUGCUACAAGAAAUUUUUUGGAUGGCAGUAGUAGGUUCUGGAGCUGCCCGUGGCAGGGGUGCAUGACAAUUGCAAGUCAAGGUGCCCAUCUUAACCUCUGCACCAUUUAAGCUGUAAAGACUUUGUACAGGCUUGUAUAUUUCACUGCUUUAGAAAAGAGGCUUCAUGCACCCAAGCUUGGCUUUGGUCUUCCAGCUUGAGACUGGCUGGGGAGGGAUGCAUCCAGGCAUAAAUUCAAAAAGUACAGUUUCCCUAAUUCCUUGCUAGAGAUUCCUCUGAAAUAUUUUUACCUGAUGCAACUUUGCAGAGCGCAGUCUUUCCCCAAACUGCCAGCUGUACAGUAAGUGUCUAGCCAGAAAUUCAAGAGGUCCCCAGUCCAGCCACGAUAACUUCCUACAGCAAUAUCUGGUAGGUUUUUUAAAAAAUAAAAUCUCUACAAGGCACAGUUGUUUACACAAGUGCUAUGUAGGAGAUGGAGGCCCCCAAAUUUACUCGUGAAGAGGCCUGAAGUUCUUUGUGACUAGGUAAGCCUUGAAAGGCUGCAAGGUUUACUUCUGUGGCCUACUUGUGAGGGAAGGUAGGGCUUUACUAGUGAGUGUUAUCCCUAAUUGUGAGUAGACUGCCUUACUUAAUGUUACCUGUAAAUGUGGAGUUUACCUGUGAAGGCAGUGGUUCGGUUUGUGCCGUCGAACUGGGUUGGGCGAUUUGAUCCAAUUUGGGUGGCUAUACUUGUAGAGGUGAUUCCUAAGAGAUUGAAGGAGCAAGCAGGGGGUGGGGUGGAUGAGAGGGCACCUUACUGGAGCAGCGUGGUGGCUGUGGCCCACCCGGGCCCCACAAGUGCCCCCCACCAGCAGCCCAGGCAGGCGAGGGUUCGGUUUCCAGCCUCCGUGCAUGCACAAAGGCCAUUUGCGUCACCAAGCUCGAACUGGUCAAACUGGGCUGAUUGGGUUUGAUUAGAACCAGUUCUGCACACCCCUGUGUGCCUGUGGGCUCCUCAGAGGCAUCUGGUGGUGGGCCGCUGUGUGAAACGGGAUGCUGGACUACUAGGAAGUCCUUGAGCCUGAUCCAGCAGGGCUGUUUGUUAUAUUCUUAUGAUGAAAUGUGAAGGGUGGCUUGCAAUGCUGUAUCACAAGAAACUAAUCUCUACUCUAAUUCUUCUUGGAAAGGGUUUGAAUAGUAGAGGUUAGAUGCUGCUACCUUUAGCUGUCUUGUUUGCAACAACUGAUCUGCAAUUGACAACAUUCCAUUACAAAGUGCAGGGUGGAAUUAGGGCUCCUGCAAGGGUGGAAUUAGGGCUCCUGCAAGGAUUUUUAGAGCCUUUAUUCUCAAACACCCAUUUGCACAUGAAGGAUGAGGGGGAUUGAAAUGGAUUAAAACUAGCUUUUAAUGCAGAUACAGCUUUAGAUGGUGGUGGAAAAUGGCACAGGGGGGAGGCAAGGACAAGAGGCUCUCUCAGCUGCUGCUGCUCUUCCUGCUUCUUGUGCUCUGGCUGAAGUAGGGGAAAACCUUCAGCCAGGGUCUGUGUAGUGAUCAGCCAUCGCUCCCCUAAAGAGUUAGCUGGAAGUGAACCCUGUCCUGACUGACAGACUGGUGAGCUUCAGGGCUCAGCCAAUCAUCACAUCAGGUGGGUGGGUCUUAGAGAGCCAUGAGGAGGAAUAGAUGGUCCCCUUGUUUGAAGAAGUUGGCUGGGGAUGCAGAGAGAACGUGUGGCCAUGGAGUAUGGCUGCAGAAGGAGGAUGACUGCAGCUCUUGGAUGAUAGAACUGCAGGGUCUUGAUUCUCUACCAGGGUUUGGUGAGUUCAAGAAAAGGGAAGCCUGGGCUUUUGGCUUCAGAGAGGUAGUCUAGGGGAAAGUUUGUUUAGUCAGAUUUUGUGCUAGACUUUUUUCUUUUGUGUGACUUGUAGAUCCCUGAAACUGUUCUAGGAUGGUUUACUGGUAACAUAACUAAACUAAGAAACACUAGCCUUCGCCCAUCCAGCCAGGGCGUUGUAAAAGACUCUGUAAGCUUUUUAAAGGUGCUUUUGUAUCUUCCUACAUCCCUGUUCCUUGCAAUUAGGGUGCUUUUUGAAGUAUUGUAACCACUGAGUAUUUUUACUUGUUUCUAAAAGCUGAGGGAGCCUCAGAUGGAAGCACUCUGUAGCAACUGAAUAAAGCUUUUUCAUUCUU